GCGGGACAAGUUCGGCAACCUUUGGCACGGAAGGACAGAAGCCUUGGCUAGGCGCAAGGUGUCCGACGUCAUUGAUGCGGAGUGGGGGUCCAGAAGGCGUUCCAUGGUACGAGGGACCAGGCGCACAUAUGUGUACUGCAAAUGCAGCGACGGGUGCCGGAUGGUGAUACAGUAUGGGUUGGAAAAUGAGAAGUUGGUACGGGAAGCGAAAAAUGAACACGAGCAUGGGAGGGAUGCUCGUGCGGACAUCCGGGCCAUCGCCUCCAAGGCGCAGCCGCCCGCUGCAGCGCUGGUGAAAUGGUCCUUGGAACAUCCGAAGGACCGUCUCCCCUUACGCCAGCAAGUACAGACCCGGCGGCAAUACGCAAAGACGCCGCAAAAGGAGGACAAGAUCCCGGAAGUGCUGGCCUACGUCAAGGUUUUACAAGUUGAUGACGCAACAGGCAUCAUUUGCUUUACCGCGGACUUCUACGUCGCCCAAUUGCUGAAGCACUGGGACAUGCUGGUUAAACACGGCUUGCGGUUGGCGUGUGAUGGCACCCACAACAUCUCCAACAGCGAUAUCAAACUAAUUGCGUUGGGCUGGCUUGCCCAGCACAUCCCCCGAAACAACAUUGAGAACACAUUCGUGCCGCUGGGGUUUGCCUUUGCACCCACCGAAACAAGCGUCGCCGUGCUCAUGUUGCUUGAAAGCAUACAUGAGCGCGUGCGCACGCAGAUGCCAGCUGGUCUCAAAGCGGCUUCCCUCGCCCACCUGGAUGGCGGUCUCGGACUGGUGAAAGGUUUCCAGGACUUCUUCGGGGCGGACUUCUUGUUGGUUCGCAGUUUGGAGCAUGUGAAACGAAACAUCCGCGACCAAGGAGCCAAGAAGCUGAGGCAAAGUUCGUGGUGGACAAGCACGAAAACAUGGGUCGCCACCAGUGCCUUUUUCCACAACGACCAUGCGUUCGAUCGUUAUUGGCAUUAUUGCUUCCUGCUGUUAGAAAAGCACGAGGAAGCAGAGUUUCUCGCUUACCUCAAGGCGGAGCACUUCAAGCAAACAGAAGGCUUAUGGACUGCUUCUUGGCGUGCAGCCACGUUGGAACCGGGAUCGUACGCCUUGAACUCCGUGGAUGCGUUCUUCGGCGUGUUGGAUGACUACGUCUCCGAAGAGAAGUCUUUGCCACUGAGGGAGUUAAUGAGGCAUUAUGAGCACGCAGGAAGGGUGUCCGAAAACGAAAGCAUGUGGUCUGAGGUUUGUGUUGAGCCCAGCAAGCUUCUGUCCCCGACAUUGCUGGGGGAGAUAUCGGGUCAGUUGAGCAAGCGUCUGGAGUAUAAAGGUGGCAAGCAAGUCGGCCGUUUGACGGCAAAGACGUUGAAGAGGAUGCUUGCGGAAGAAACUCCCAUGAUGCUGGAAGUGGAAGCCGGUGAGGGCCAGACAACCAAAAUUUUUUGCAAGUAUGGUCGCGCUGAUUACAACGAGCAAGAGAUGACGGCUCUCGCCGAAUUGGAAAAUGCCAAGUCCGCCGAGGCAGUGGAGACAGCUUUUCAGAACAUGGGUGCUUUGGAUGAGGAUGGUUUUCACCCUCGCAUCGUCCGUGCCCUCUACGACAAAUUCACGGCCUUGCACGAGGAGGCCGGGAAGCUCUUGGAAUCCCACGGUGAUUUCUGGCAAUGUGGGAUGACGGAGCAUAUGGCACACAUCCCGGCCACCCCACCAGUGCCAGGCCCAAAAAGGCGCCUCGUGUCUACGGCUACGGUUCUGGUCGGGGAGGACGUGGGCGGGGGCAACGCAAAAGGAGUUAGUUUGUCCUGCAAUGCCCUACAGCACAAAGACGUGGCAAAGCCAGCAUUGGUCGAUGAGCACUUUGCAGAUCCCUUCGAUCCAGGUGCAGGGGGGCAACCAGAGCUGUUGGGUGCAGCGAAUGAUGGGGUUCCUGCUGCCGUGCGCCAAGAAAUGCAGCGGCUGGCUGAAGCUGGUGUCCUUCCGAUCACGACACCAGAACAAAGAGCCCGCAACAGGUGCUCGGCCGGCAGUGAAUAUGGCGUGCCUGCCGCCUUCGCGGAUGCCAGACGUUUCAGCUAUGUGCAUCCGAAUUUUCCGCCUCCCACUGGAUACUUCUGGCGCUGCCGAGGAUCGGAGUGGACCCUGUGUGUGAAAGGUGGCUGA